AUGCAAAGAUUGACCAAUCACAACAAAUCAACUGGAAAGAGAGUGGAAACAAUGCAGAGUAAAGGCGUUGUGCCUGCUGCUCGAAGGGCUUCCAAGAAAAAUGUAUCCAGCCGCAGAAAAAAAGCUCCACAGCAAAUUGGUCAGGUGGGUCCACCUGGAGACCUGAAAACCCCAUCGACUGUGGGCUCAGAUGUCGGCACAAAAAGCCUAGAUUUCGAUCUCGCUGCGAUCCGUGUCCAAGAUCCGAGUCCAGAUGUCAGAGCCCAACUGGAAAAGCUAUUCGAGUCAUUGGUGCCCCCGCAAGCCACGACCAUCGUUCUGCGAGCCGACCAAGCCCAAAGUGUUUUUGACAGAGUCCAAAGCCUGUUCCACACCGCAAAGAGGCCGGCCGAUUUCGACCGGGGUUUCUCCAAGUUGCUGAUCACGGGCAUGCUGCGAAAGCUGCACCACAACCAGGAGGCAUGGUUCAAGUUCUGGAAUCGCCGGACGGGGCUUGAGAUUAUGGAUGAGGCGACGAUGGGCGAGACGCACAGAAACGAGAGACGGGUGCUCCAGCACUGUUUAUUCCAUGUGGACAUGAUCGACACCAUCAUCCCCCCAGCCGGCCCGGGGCUCCGCGGGCAGGCGGAAGACAGCCGAGCGUCGAAGGCGCGGGUGUUCGUGGAAGCGCUGCGGCUGUUCACGGCGUUCAAGACGACGGACGACUACAAGCCGGCGUUGAUCGAACAGACCAAAUCCUUCGUCAACAUCGCCCCGCAUGUCAUCUGGCACUACCUCUACUUCUGGAUCGAGCACUCGCACGAACGCAGCGAUCUCUUUCGGCUCGCGUUCCGCACCACGCCCACCGGGAAGCGAAACGUCGCGUUCAAGACCUUCUUCAACGCCGUCUUCAAGUUCUCGGCUGAAGAGUUGGACCACAGACUGGCCAGAUCCCCAUCAGCUCCCAGCCAAAUCCAGCAGAUCUGA